UGCAUGUAAUGGUAAUUUUAUCAAUCCAGGUCGCGCCCGUGUUAAUUUCGAGAACGCUGUGACAACCUCGUUUGGCGCUUCUCAAUACUUCAAAACAUGUUGUAAUCGGUAAGUAGACUUAAGCACUUAGUAUCGCCAAGCUAUUCGAAUCAGUGUAUACCCAAUUCUUUGUCUGAAGAUUCUCGCAAACACAUAUACCAAGUAAAUCUGGAUGGAAGAGGAAAUUGUCUCCCUAAACGCAGCCAGGUUAUAUUUUGAAGGAUGGCGGCACAAUUCAACGCGUCUUCCAGGUCAGCCCUAAUUUAUAGUUCGUAAGAGUAUAAAUUGCGAUCUCCCUAUUUUCGCUUAAGCUUUCUUUGAUAAAACUUCAGUAGAAACAAAACAACGCAGACAUGACAUUCUCCUGCAUGAGACACAAUCGACUGAAGGAAAUAUCUGUUUACAAGUCGGGCAAAUUAUCCAUUCUUGCGCACCGCAAAAUCAGCUAAAAUAAGUCGCUGGAAACCUGGCAUAUUAUUAAGCCUGGCGCUUCUAAGUAUAACACGUUUAGAACUUGACGCGAAAAAAAAAAGGCAGUUGUUCUAUAUCCUUUCUGGUUCAUCCAGGUAGAAGUCCUGGCAUAUUAUUAUGCCUGAGCGCUUCUAGGAUAUAUAACACGUUUAGCAUUUCGACCCGUAGCCGUAAAAAAAAAAAAUUAGGCAGUUGUUCUAUAUCCUUUCUGGUUCAUCCAGGUAGAAGUCCUGGCAUAUUAUUAUGCCUGAGCGCUUCUAGGAUAUAUAACACGUUUAGCAUUUCAACCCGUAGCCGUAAAAAAAAUUAGGCAGUUGUUCUAUAUCCUUUCUGGUUCAUCCAGGUAGAAGUCCUGGCAUGAUAUCAUUAUGCCUGAGCGCUUCUAGGAUAUAUAACACGUUUAGCAUUUCAACCCGUAGCCGUAAAAAAAAAAAAAAAUUAGGCAUGCAGUUGUUCUAUAUCCUUUCUGGUUCAUCCAGGUAGAAGUCCUGGCAUAUUGUUAUGCCUGAGCGCUUCUAGGAUAUAUAACACGUUUAGCUUUUCAACCCGUAGCCGUAAAAAAAAAAAAAAAAUUGGCAGUUGUUCUAUAUCCUUUCUGGUUCAUCCAGGUAGAAGUCCUGGCAUAUUAUUAUGCCUGAGCGCUUCUAGGAUAUAUAACACGUUUAGCAUUUCAACCCGUAGCCGUAAAAAAAAUUAGGCAGUUCUAUAUCCUUUCUGGUUCAUCCAGGUAGAAGUCCUGGCAUGAUAUCAUUAUGCCUGAGCGCUUCUAGGAUAUAUAACACGUUUAGCAUUUCGACCUGUAGCCGUAAAAAAGAAAAUUAGGCAGUUGUUCUAUAUCCUUUCUGGUUCAUCCAGGUAGAAGUUCUGGCAUAUUAUUAUGCCUGAGCGCUUCUAGGAUAUAUAACACGUUUAGCAUUUCAACCCGUAGCCGUAAGAAAAAAAUUAGGCAGUUGUUCUAUAUCCUUUCUGGUUCAUCCAGGUAGAAGUCCUGGCAUGAUAUCAUUAUGCCUGAGCGCUUCUAGGAUAUGUAACACGUUUAGCGUUUCGACCCGUAGCCGUAAAAAAAAAAAAAAAAAAAAAAAAAUUAGGCAGUUGUUCUAUAUCCUUUCUGGUUCAUCCAGGUAGAAGUCCUGGGAUAUUAUUAUGCCUGAGCGCUUCUAGGAUAUAUAACACGUUUAGCAUUUCAACCCGUAGCCGUAACAAACAAUUAGGUAGUUGUUCUAUAUCCUUUCUGGUUCAUCCAGGUAGAAGUCCUGGCAUGAUAUCAUUAUGCCUGAGCGCUUCUAGGAUAUAUAACACGUUUAGCGUUCGACCGAAGCCAAAAAAAAAAAAAAUUAGGCAGUUGUUCUAUAUCCUUUCUGGUUCAUCCAGGUAGAAGUUCUGGCAUAUUAUUAUGCCUGAGCGCUUCUAGGAUAUAUAACACGUUUAGCAUUUCAACCCGUAGCCGUAAAAAAAAAAAAAUUUAGGCAGUUGUUCUAUAUCCUUUCUGGUUCAUCCAGGUAGAAGUCCUGGCAUGAUAUCAUUAUGCCUGAGCGCUUCUAGGAUAUAUAACACGUUUAGCAUUUCGACCCGUAGCCGUAAAAAAAAAAAAAUUAGGCAUGCAGUUGUUCUAUAUCCUUUCUGGUUCAUCCAGGUAGAAGUCCUGGCAUAUUGUUAUGCCUGAGCACUUCUAGGAUAUAUAACACGUUUAGCUUUUCAACCCGUAGCCAAAAAAAAAAAAAAAAAAAAUUGGCAGUUGUUCUAUAUCCUUUCUGGUUCAUCCAGGUAGAAGUCCUGGCAUAUUAUUAUGCCUGAGCGCUUCUAGGAUAUAUAACACGUUUAGCAUUUCGACCCGUAGCCGUAAAAAAAAAAAAAAAAAUAGGUAGUUGUUCUAUAUCCUUUCUGGUUCAUCCAGGUAGAAGUCCUGGCAUAUUAUUAUGCCUGGCGCUUCUGGGAUAUGUAGUAGCAGUUUGAACCGUAGAAAAAAACAAACUCAGCCGUUCAUUUUGUAGGAGAUAUUUAAGCGUUUUUGUCUGUGUUACCAAUGUGAUCGACUUUAUACGCGUUUUUUUGCUUUGACGGCACUGAAUAAUUUUAGCCGAAACCUGAGCCGUACAUUUGUUGAAUGCCGCGCUUUAAUUAAAUUUCUCGCCCCAGAAUGAUGACAUGAUGGCGCGAAAAUUGACGCCUCUAUCGUAUUAGGUGCGAAAUAUGAUCAGAGAUAAAUGGAAUAGUGAAUGUUACAAGCUUCUGAGCAUCCAGCUGAGAUAGGGGACUUUUAGUCCCCUAUCUCAGCUGGAUAAACAAAAUUUUUUUGGUUGCUAAGACGGUGCGGCUCGUUAUGAAGGCGAGACAACAACAUGUCACGAACAUGAAAUACGAGAAUCGAACAAAACAACCACUUCCCCCUAAAAUCUUACUCUCCCUGGUCCCUUGUAUCAUCAACCAUUGGCUUAAGUCACAAAAUGAAAUGCGGGAUCAUGCUAAGUAUAUUAAAAGACUUAAAGAACUUUACAAAAUGAACUAUCAAGUCACAAAAACAAACAAACUUGUAGUCGAAAGACUGACUUGAUUUGGCUUUUUCUACCCUGGGUACCAGUGAGACGUUUUGGUUCACGUUUCAUUUGUUUACGCAAUGGCACAAGGUAGGGUUUGUCUCUCUCUCGGAGUCUGCUUCACUACUGUUUUGUUCUGAGGUGGCGGAUUACAUUCCUAAGAACAAGUUAAUUUUUUUAGCAUCUCAUCCGCCAAACAUGUUUGUACAUUCCAGGUGACUCCUUUAGAUGAACCCUAGUGUCUUUCACAGCCGUUUCCUGUGUCAUCACGCAAGGCUAAACUCCCUUGCAUCAUGACACAGGAAACGGAGACUACAAUCUUUGUUAAAAAUGUUAUUUAAAAAAAUCUAUAAUGCAGUGGAUUCAGAAGAAAACAAGUUAAGACGAGCCGAAAUUAAUAAAAAUGGGUUGAAAAAUUUUAAUAGUGAAUGAUUGUAUUUAAAGUAAUUUACCUGGAUUUUAAUAUACCUGUAUUAUGUUUUGGAACCCAACUUUCACCCCGGUCCUCUUCUUUGGAGUGAUGGGAUAUGCGCGCUUCUUAUUUUCGCUUUGCUCGUUGUAAAUACGUCCCCACUAUACUAUCUGAGAACCUGGCACAGGCUAGAGUAGCUGGAACUUUACGAGCUAAAACGGAACGAAAAAUUUGGAUCACAUAUUCGGGUCUUCACUCCCCGCCAAGGGACGUUACUGGUAAGAACGUUUUGAUUCAUUUCGCUGAAAAGAAUUAUCAAAUAUCAUUAUAUAAUGUUUUCUAAUUCUUGCAACUGUAAACGGGUUAAUAGCUGUAUAAAAUCAGGCUCUACAAGUGAGACACGUUCACACUAGACUAAAGGAUUCUGCGGGACUACAUACAUUUGUGUGAAACUAUUUCAGACAUUUAUACCCUGUUUUAGAUGGUUUUAGAUUGUUUGCGAGUGGUUGUAGAUGUUUUUGAGGUGGUUGUAGAUGGUUGUAGGUGGUUUUAGGUGGUUAUAGAUGGUUUUAGGUGGUUUUAGGUCGUUCCAUGUUUUAGUAACUACCCACAAAUUCCAUAUUUUUGUAGUUGCAUGUACAUGUACUGGCAGGGAGCUGUGAAUAAGGGUUGGGGACAAGUGAUUUUCCCUGGCUACUAUGAAUGUGACCUGUGGCUACUUUCACUGGAAAAACAAUGGAAAUAAUACCAGUAGAUCAGAACUAGCUAACUGUUUGGUUCCUCACCAGUACUAACUGCAGGACAUCCCUGUACUGUCAAGUAACAGCAAACUAAUUCCUAUAUUUUCAAUUUUUCACCUACUAACUGCAUACACCUGGUAGCUUGAACUCUUAGUGACAGCCCAGUACUGUCUUCUCCUUUGUGUUAGACUAUGUAUAGGAAAUUGAGAAAAACAUUCAGCUUAUUUACUCUCUGUUUCAGUAAUCAGCCAAUGGCUCGUGGAGGAGAGCAAUCCAGAGCAGUCUACCCAAUCAGUUCACUUACACCAUAUCAAAACAGGUGAGAUCUAUUUAAUAUUAAUUUUUAUUUCACUUAAAAAUUUACUUUGCAUUUUACGAAAGUUUAGCGUGACUUCAUAGAACCAAAAGGAGAUAUCUAAGUGCUUCCAAGCUGAAAACAUUUUACAAAAAGUGUGAGAUAUUUUAGAUGUAUUAUUACAACCAUUUUAUUGUUGUAUAAGUAUCAUCAGUCCUCUAGUAUACUGUAUUACAUGAUCCUACGAGCAUUGAAUUCUUGCUGUCCAAACGUGCCGCCUAAAGGAAGAAGCUAAGGAAGCUAAUACUUCUCCGUAACUGAACAAUUUUCUUAACAGGUGGACCAUCCGUGCACGUGUCACUAGCAAGUCAAAUGUUCGUACAUGGAGCAACUCUAAAGGAGAGGGGCGCCUCUUUAAUGUUGACCUAGUGGACGAGUCGGUAAGUUUUUUGUUCUUUGCAAUUUGAAUUAAACAGUUCUCACUGAGAGAAGGGUUUUCUGGGUAGAAAUGAAGCUAAUAGUGUUUCAUUUCAUACAGGGAGAAAUAAAAGCAACUGGAUUUAAUGAUGCCGUGGACAAGUUUUAUGAACUUUUGGAAGUGAAUAAGGUUUGUCAAAACUUUUGGCGUAAUGAUGUACCAGGUAAAAUCUGUUCUCAUGUUAAAACUAGAAUUUUCUUUGUAUUCUAUGAAUAAAUAGGGAUAGGAAAGAAGUAAGUACAAUUUUUUUGUUGUUUAUCAGUUCAUUUUAUCUGGCAAUGAAAAGUAAGUUAACUGGAUGUCAAUGUUUUCAUACUGUAGUAUAUCACAGUUAGCUGCAACAUUUUAAAUUGCCUGAUGACUUUUUGUUUUCUUUCAUUAUUUAUUAAGGUGUUUUAUAUCUCCAAAUGCUCAAUAAGGAUGGCAACCAAAUAUUCGUCCCUGAAGAACAGAUAUGAGAUGUAUCUUGGCAAUGAAAGUAAUAUUGAACUGGUAAGAAUAGUAGCUUUUCAGUUUUCGAUCCUCUGUCCUCCGUUUUGUGAGAUAGUUUGAGUUGUUACAGAGCACAGCUACCUUGGCUGUGUGAUGGUUAAAUUCUAGAGAAAUGGUUGUAAUAACGAUUGCAAUAUAAGCACAUUUUGUAACAACAACUUGCGUUAGACCCUUUCUUCAAGUCUAUAUAUUAACUCAGCCUUCUUGGGGCAGCAAAUCUGGCUUGUGGAUGGUGAUUAUGAAAAUAGACAUAAACAAGCAAAAGCCUGACUUAUUGUGUUUUUUCUUUUUUUUUUUUAGUGCAAUGACCCAUGUGACUUGCCAUAUAUGCAGUAUAACUUUGUCAGCAUUGGUGACUUAAACAAUUGCAAUGCAGAUGACAUUGUUGGUGAGAUUGACUUGAAUUUACUUUCUUUCUUUAGGGUGCAUCAUAGAAAAAUAUGCAAUUUUGACAAUCUAUCUUGACUUGUAGAAUUAGCUGGAUAGUGAAAAAAGGUUUUUCAACUUGAAAAGUAGGUUUACUGCUGUGAAGAAACUCAAAAGAGAACAUGUCAAAAUCUUGUGAUUAGAGGGGACUUGAUUAAGCUUUUUCUCCACCUUCACCACCCUGCUGAAUUAUCUUUCAAAACAUCUUUUAAGUAAAUUCUGUUGAUAUAACCUCAAGCAAUAUAAGGACUCCAGUCUCUACACAGGUAUUUUUGUUCCAAAUGGCCUUAAAAUGCUUGACUAGUAGUGUAAUUCAUACGGAUUUGAUUCUUAUAUCUCACAGAAAGCAUUGACAUUUUAAGGACCUUAAGAUCCAAUGAUGGCAAUGACAAUGAGAAUAUCAAAAAAGCAAUAGCUUUAUUUUUGCAAAGCAACAGCCCUGCACUGCAGCAUACCAUUUUUAUACAUUUCUUCACUGUUGCUGUGUGACGUGAAGUUUCACAUUUUGUAGAGGACGUGAACAAGCCACGCAAAGCUUUCUUUCUCUUUGUGAAGUUGGAUAUGGUAGGAAUACAACUCGAGAAGAGUCCACCUACAUUUGGCAAAGUUAGUGAGGUCAAUAUAAAUUGCGCUGGGGAUUUAAAAAAUACAAAUCCACUUUUGAAGUGACGUUUUCACUGAUAUCAGCAUCGUCUCAUCUUAAGGUUGCUUUUGUUAGUCCAACAUUGUAAUUGGAGGAGUGUUUAUUCAAGCGGAAGACGUACACUGCCCUCAUUAUUUAGAAUAAUUUUUCUUUUCUAUGAAUAGAAUAAUAUUUCUUUUUUAUGACAGAUAUUCUUGGCGUCGUGAUCAACAUUGAUGAUGUCAGUCAGAUAACCACAAGAGCAACCAAUAGACAGGUAAUGCAGGGAGCUGAAAUUUAGCUUUAUUGAUGACCAGCUUCAAAGAGCCAACUCUAAAAUCUGCUUGAUGUUCAUUGCCUUUGGCUCAGAGCAGGGGCUAAAUCACAUAACCUUAUCAAGAGGUCCUUUUUGAAAACCAUAUCUUUUAUGAAAAAGUUUCCUCAAUAAAGAUGAUUAUUAUUAUAAGAAUAUGUGAUUGACAAAGGAGUCACCUUUGGCUUGUUAUUUUGUGUCAAGGCUGCAGCCCAACAAGUGCCCAGUUGCCAGAGAUUGCUAAGAUAUUUUGCUCCUGGAUGACUAAAAUUUUAAACAAGGAGCACACAGGAUUGCCUAAAACUUGUAAUUCUUACUGCAUUAGCCUCUAUGCCUACUUCCAACGAAGGGAUGGACGACAGAAUUCCCUGCUCAUUUUGUGCAUUUGAAACAAACGUACAACAUAGUCUAACAUGUGUUCAUCGACUGUAGGCAAAAUUUUUUUGCUGAUAUAAGUAAUUGAACAAGCACUUUUCUGGAAAUUCGAGACUUGAAUGAAUCAAGUUUCGAGCAUUUCUUGCUAGAAACAUACCUGUGGCUCCGACCUUUAUAUUUUAGGAGCCCUUCAGUCUCCCAAAAGUCUUUCUUAGGCAGCAGCCUUGUGUGCCUUUUUAAGUUUCCUGUUGGACAUUUGUUUGAGAGAUGUUUGGCUUGCAUGUGUAGAAAAAUCUCAUUUUAGUUAGAGUACUACUGAAUGCAGUGGUGUAAAAUAUCAAAAAAUUGCUAUAAGUUUGAUGUUGAAUUGACUGGAGAAAUUUGCUUUGAUGCAAUAAAAUGUUUAUUUCUAUAUUUAUUUUAAAACAAGAACAUGGUCACGUUGCUUUUUAGAAGUGCAAUGCGUCAAUUCUUAAUCAGAUAUGUCUAUGUUGUCACACGAUUUACACAUCAAGCUUGGGGCAGUUUCUAUUGAGAAAGUUAGUGCUUAAUGGGUAAAGUUUCUGCAGACUCACAGGCAAGAUUUCAAACCCACUGAUACAUAAGUGAAUGAGCAGUAGAGAAAGCACUUUUUUCUUUGACUGUGGAAAAAGCUCAAUAGUGCUGACUGAAUUUUCUUCAAAUAUGGAUGUUAUUAUUCAAGUACAUGGUGGUUAGGAGCUGAACUGUUUGUUAUGUAGGUUUGGCUAAUGCAGAGUAAAAUAUGAAACCACCAAAUUAGCACCAAUUUAGGGGGAGAACCUAAAGAAAAUAGCACCAUACAUUUGUGAUUAAUCUCUUGGUGUAUGAAUUGUGCUCAGGUAUCCAAGAGAGACAUAACUUUAUUGGACAGAUCAGAGAAAAGUGUCAGAGCCACCUUGUGGGGCGAAACUGUGAGUAUUGAGUAGAACCGAGGAAAAAAGACCACUAUUUUUAAGUGAUAAAAUCGUAUCAACCCACAGAAAUGUGUCAUUUUUAACAUAAGCUAUGAUGUCUACCAUUGGUUCAUAAUUUUGACUAUGAGGUAACCAGUGUCCAUAAAACAGGUUUAAUGAUAUAUGAGAGUUUGUAACCAAGGACAACUCAGGACACAGGAAAGUGUCCGUUUUCUGUCUUAACCAGUGCCUGUUUUGAAUUUUAGGGGUUUUUUUUGGAGAAAAUAUAUCUGCCUUAACUGUAUUUUAUACACUGAGCGGGGUGUCCAAAGUGGGGUACCACUGUAUCAGUUUUUCUGUGCAAAACCAAUCUGAACUUUGCAAGAGGUGUAAAGCCUUGCAUUUUACAGUGACCAUGCUUGUUGUGGUGGGGUGGGGGGUGGGGGGUGGAGGGGAUUGGUCCACCUGUCACAGAUCUCCCUGUUAAAUUUUGCGUAACUUUUGCUUUGAAUAUGGUCAAUAUUUGUUGAUCAUUUGAAUCGAUAAAAUAUUGUUUCGUUUGUGUGUACCUUAUUCUCACUUAAUUUCACGAAUAUUAAAUUUCGUGGUUUUCGCGAUUUGGGAAAAAUUGCGAAAUAAGGGGUUAUACAUGAACUACUGAGCGACAUUUAAUGCUCGCCAAAUUUAAAAAUCCCUAAAAAUGACUAAAAAUUCUUUAAAAAUCCCCAUAAAUCCCUAUAAAUCCCGAAAUUAGAUACUCACGAAAAAUGGCUCAUGAUUUUUUGCGAAAUGUUAUACUAGUGAAAUUAACUGGGAGUAAGGUAGAUACCGCUUUCAACUUCGCUGAAGUACUUUUUUACUUGUAUCUGUACAGGCUGAGAAAUUUGAACAAUACAUGGGAAAAAAUCCUGUUCUUGCAUUAAAAGGAGUCAAAGUAUCAGAGUUUGGAGGUAGAUAUUAUAAUUAUUUCAUUGGUUAAGCGGCUUGUCGUUUAUUAUCUGUAAGGGGGAAGGAGGUGGCCAUUUUGAGAAAGCGUAGAAGAUUUUCAAACUGACCCCUCAGUUCAUCCUAGCUUUUUAUAAAUGACCCCCCAUAAAUUUUACAUCAUUGUGAAAGUGAUCCCAACCCGAUUGCUGUGGAAACUAUGGAUAUUCUUGCUACAAAACAUUCCGAAGUUCAACAUAUACUUUAUCUACAGUCGUGUUUAUAGAGUGUUUUCACUCACGUAGCCAGCAUCUAUAACAAAAGAAAUCGUUUACAUAAGAAAAGAGUCCAACUCCCAGGGGACUGGUUUGGGACACCAUUAUGACCGCCGUGACGUCAUGUGAAAACACUUUAUAUGAUUAGCGUUAACUAUUUACGACUGUUUCAUUCAAUCACGCGCGUCACUGCUUUGUACUACUUUCAGGAAAUUUAUUAAAAUCCCCCUCCCCCUCCCACAAGUUAUGCUCCGUUAUCUGAAAAUGACCCCACAAAACCAUUCAGGAUUUUGAAAAUGACACUGCAGCAAAAUGGCCGGUUCCUUCCCACAUGUAACAGAGAGCUUUCGAUUUGCGGACGAAAACGACAUUGAACACAGGCGGCCCAAGCUCGAUGCAUAAAUUACCGCGAGUUUUGAUACUGUUUUGCAUAUUACGAACGAUUUUCAAAAAGAUUUAUGAGAAAUUCAAUAUUGCUAAACCGUAGAAAUAUAGGCAUAAAUAUAGAAAUGAAUUGUACUUACGUAAGCUUGGGCCUGUUGUUGCUCUUUCUGUGUAACCUGGGCUCAAUUCAUGGCCAUUUUAUACGUUUUGCGGCUCGUUGUUUGUUCGGUGUUGUUUUCCUACAUAAAGCAAAGCAAGGCAGGGUGACUGUGUGCAACUCACAAAUCUCUCCCGCGUCAAAAAACAGCGCACCGAUUCAUCGUGAAAGCGCCAAAUCCUUAAGGCCAGGUCAGUCUCAUAUCUCUUCCCCUCGUCAUAGGUAUUGCGAUGUUUUUUUUGUGGGAAAUGUUUUUGAAAGUUUUUGGUUCUGGGCAAUCCGACGUGCGCUCGGGAACCUCGAUAACUACUUGUUGUGUGGUGAACGCGAACAUGGAUUUAGGGGAUCCUGGUAAUGAAUAUUGAAUAACAAAACAUGGAUCUUCCUACCCUUCCCACCCCCUGAGUCUACUGAUAUCGCGUGAGCGGUGUUUGGAAUUAUCCAAUUGGAUGAACGUUUAUAAAAUGUUCGCGUUCACUGCGCAACACGUAGUCAUCGAGGUUCCUCAGCGCCGUCGCAUUGCCUAUUUAAAAACUUUCAAAAAAAUUUCCCGCAUAAAACACAUCGCAAUACCCAUGACAAGAGCAAGUUAUAAGACACUGACCUGGCCUGAAGGAUUUGGCGCUUCCAUGGUGAAUCGGUGCGCUGUUGUUUGAUGCGGGAGAGAUUUUGAGUUGAAACUGCACACAGUCACCCUGCCUUGCUUUGCUUUAUGUAGGAAAACAACACCGAACAAACAACGAGCCGCAAAACGUAUAAAAUGGCCAUGAAUGGAGCCCAGGUUACACAGAAAGAGCAACAACAGGCCCAAGUUUUCGUGAGAACAAUUUACUUCUAUUUUUAUGCCUACACUUCUGGUUAACAACAAUAUUGAAUUUCUCAUACAAAGUCUUUAAAUCCUUCGUGAUAUGCAAAGCAGUAUCGAAACUCGCGGUAAUUUAAACAUCGAGCUUGGGCCGCCUGUGGAUUGAACUUAACGUUUUUGUGCGUGUUCUAAAAAAAGACACCCCGGAAAGCUUCAUUUUCCUAUUUUUCUCGAAAAAAGUUAAUACGGUCACUUAUACUGAAGGAGGUUAAGCCCUUUCCCGAUAACAAAAUGAUAAAACUUCUUACAUUUGAUAGGGGUCUUAAUAACUUGUUCCCGCCACUACGACAGUCUCGCUAAAACACGUAGUAUAUCGCGUUUUCUCGCCAAAAUGACGCUGGUUCACGCGUGAGCAAUACUCAGUAUUGAGAAAGUCUCGUGCUCGUAUUCGUCUUGCGUAGUCCCUAGGAAGACCUUAGACCUCAGCCAGGUUGGCGUCCAGCGUUUUUAGUGAAAAGAAGGGUUUGCGUGGGGUGCUCUGUCUCGCGGGCUCAUAAAUCUUGGUCUCGGUCAUUCUUAUUUAAGGAUUUUCUAGUCCUUAGGCCUCAUUAUGCCGCGCUUCCAAAGCGUUACGGGUCACUUGGUCCAAGGAUUGACCGAGAGGGACUGGAAAAACGCCGCACAGGGCAAAUUGUCGUCUUCGUCUCAGAAUCUAAAGCUCUCUAAUAAAGGCCUAACCCCUAAUGAUGAUGAUAAUCAUAGAACAACUUGAAAGUGACAUUUAUUGUCUGUUGGCUGGUUUCACUUAGGCAAAUGCUCUUAGAAAUGGCUGAGUUAAAAUAUGAAAUAUGCGACAAUUCAGCACUUUCUACUCAUAAGACAGUGGUGAUUAAUUGUACAAUAAUUAGCGUGCAGUUGUCUUACAGUCUUAUAGGGCUUGAAAUAACCACCAGUCAAUUAAAAAUGUCCAGUCCAAAAUGGGUCAAAUCCUUUGAUGGCUGGUGCCAUCAUACUCUCCAUUAGGAAAAAUAUACAGCACUAGCCGAGCCGCAUGUUGGGAAAGAACGCGAACUAAUGUCUAUUUCUGUCCAAUAUAUCAGAUAAAAUAGUAAAACAUCAACAUUACUAUCCACAUCUGGACGUUUCUUCUUUUUCUUUCCUCUAUACUGCAGGAGAGUAGCUUCCACGAUUAGCUGCGCGCUUAAUCCGCUUAUUUUUUUUAUCCGAAAUCUUAUGAUGUUCUGUUUUACUUACGCGCGCUAACGCAAUUUCUAGAUUUAACUAGAAAGUUCUUUGUAACGAAAGCUUGGGCACACGCGAAAGCGCCACGCAAUUCAGUUACUAAAAGUUUUUUUGUGUUUGCAGUUAGUUGACUCAAGUUUCUGUCAAUUCCCGAUUUCAAGAAGCAAUUUUUCCUUGUUGUAGUGACUUUAAAGACAUCACCAAGUUCUCAUGAUGUUCAUGAGAGUUAAGAAGUUAAAAGAAAUAAACAUCAUUGCACACGUCUUCAGAAAUUACUGGAACAAUAAGAAGUCCCUUAGGAUUGUUGCACGAGCUGGCAUGUUACGUGGGAGCGAGCGCGGUAAACACAAUGUUUGCCGUGUUCGCUCCCACUUAGGGUACAGCCUGUGCGACAAUCCUGAGGGACCUCUACUAGCGGAAUAUCUCACGUCACAGCCGUUAUUCUGUUCGUUUGCACGGUGUAAGCCCUGUUCGUUCAACGGUUUUUUCCCACGUCCAUUAUAAUUCUCCGUGUGACAGUUUGUUUCGUGGGCUAUUUGUCGUGUAUUUCUAUCUCUUUUAUGUACCACAGUUUAUAAGGCUUUUGGGGUUGGCUUUUAAUCUCUUCUCACUAGGAAAGUUUGUUCUCGUGCUAUUAGUCUUUUAUUCUCAGUGAGAUUUUUCUGUGGACGCCCGUUCGCUUGGUUUUGUGCUGUUAAAUUUUGCCGUCUUUUCUGCGCAAUUUUCGGUUUUACUUAGUGGUUCUUUUUUAUAUUAGCAAACUUUUUUUUUAUGGAGUUUGUGUGUUAGUUAGUUUCCUCUAAUGAAAUAACCUACAGAAGAUAAAGAGAGGAUUGAUACUGUGUAGACGAACUAAACUGUGGAAAGGCGGAGAGAACCCCAGAAGCUCUGGAAACAUAGUUGAGAUUAAUAAGGUUUUGCGCAAAGAAGCCAACAAACACACUAAGUCAGUGAAAAAAUAAAAGACUAUUGAUGUAAAAACGAGUUCUUCAAUGAUACUGAAAAUUGUGUGAAAGACGGCUAAACGAAACUGUACACCAUUUUUGCUGAAUAACCAGCACUCAGUAUGGUUAGAGCGCCACUUCACUGGUAUCGCAGAGAUCAGGACUGGAAUCCCAGCAAGCCUGAAUUUUCUCAGGCUUUCGUUUCACAACCGAGGAUCUUCUUUUUAUUUAUUUGGUGACGUAAGUAGACAUGCAAGACUGAACGAACCGGCGUAUUGCAAAGCGAUCAUGGAUAAGCGAGACUAUUAGCAUACGAUAAGCUGUUUUUAACGGAAAAGAGGUUUGAAGGCAACACCAAACACUUAACAAACAAACUGACACACGGAAAAGUUUUAGAAAUACAAGACUAAAACCGCACGAACAAACUGUUGCCUGGAAGCACUGAUCUUUUAAGAUAGGCAGAUCUUGUACCAUACGAACAAACAGACCUCCGGACAAGUGUUAAGAAGAGACGACUAUUACCUUGGAAACAAAUUGCCGUAAGGAAAAGCGUUCGAAAAACGGCCAAAUACCUAUUAUUUAGUGACGUAGUGAACCCGUACAAACGAACAGAGUAAUGGCUUUGACGUGAGAAGGAAAAACGCGGAGGAGAAUGUGGAUAGUGAUGCUAAUGUUUAACGGUAUUCUCUAUGAUGUUUUGACAAUAGACAGUUUGCUUUCUGUCGCGCAGGCUAGACUGCUUCCAGUCCUCCUGUUCUCCUAAAAGCUGUCGAAUUCCUAUCCCAACCAGGACGUUUGCAAACACGUCUACGCGCAGCCCGCUGCCGUACAUUUUUUUAAUCAAGUAAUGAUCGGAGAAAAUGAAAGGCCAUCCAAGGACUUGACCCGCCGACAGUACCCAUUUUUCACCAGACACUGUCCGUUGACCGACCGAGUUUUUGAAGCUCUGUAGUCUGUUCACAAGUUCUUUAUGUUUGAGAUGUGAAUAACAGAGUUGUGCUUUUGCUGUUUUCCAGGUCGUUCUCUGUCAAUCAUGAACUCUACAAACAUGAUGGUUGAUCCAAUGGAACUCAAGGAGGCACACACUCUACGGGGAUGGUAAAGUUGCCAAAUAUUUGCCUUUUUCUUGUAUCCCUCUUUCAGUAGGUCUCAGUUGUUCAAAAACUGGAUAAAUCCAUCCACCGUGUAAAUCUCUAUCUUCUGGAUGGCGCAGUUGGUUUCCUUAAUAUUGACUUAAAGCAAGGACUACGUAAUUUUUCCCGCCACCCGUCAAUGCGUCUAAUUAUGAUACCACGACAGCGACAGCAGUUAAAAUGUCGCUCUCUGAUAAAAAGUGAAUUCACAUUCUUUCAAACUUGUUCGCGAUUAUCACAAGUCGCUAAACUUGUCAAAUGUAGGCGAACCCAAAACCAUAUUCAGAAGUUAAGUUCAGAGGGGGAAAAGCUCAUUAUCGUCAUGUUAUCGUUUGUUUUGUUCCUCCAUAAAGGUGAUGUUACACAGGACGAUUCGCAACCACGAUUUUUAGCGCAACCCAGCAUUACAACACUGUUGCAACAAUGUUUUGAAUGCUUCUAACAUUGUUCCACCAUUGCUACGCUGUGUUGCGCUAAAAAUCUUUAGCUGAUGUUACACGAGACGAUUCGUAACGACGAUUUUUAUCGCAACACUGAGUUGCAGCAUUGUUGCGACAUUGUUUCGAAUGGUUACAACAUUGUUCCAACAUUACAACGCUGUGCAGCGCUAAAAAUCGUCGUUGCGAAUCGUUCCGUAAAACGUGAAAUUAGGCAUUUUCAUGUCGAGGUCGCGCAGUGGUGGCUUGUAGAAAAAACAAUAAAGGGGAUGCACGAGAUGAUUCAAAUCAACAACUUUGCACUUGCAUGUUAAGAUGAUGUUGCACGAGACGAUUGGCAACGACGAAUUUUAGCGGAACACAAUAACACAAUAUUGUUGCGACAUUGUUUCGAAAGAUUGUGGUUGCGUUGCCAAGCGUCUCGUGCAACAUCAUCUUAAGAUGCACGUGCAAAGUUGUUGCUUUGCUAAUUAAAGGUGGUGUUACACGGGACGAUUCGCAAGGAGGAUUUUUAGCGCAACACAGCGUUGCAAUGUUGGAACAGUGUUGCGACUAUUUGAAACAGUGUCGCAACAAUGUUGCAACGCUGUGUUGCGCUAAAAUCGCCCUUGCGAAUUGUCCCGUUUAACGUCACCUUAUGGUGAUGUUACACGAGACGAUUUGCAACGACGAUUUUCAGCGCAACACAGCGUUGCAAUGUUGGAACAAUGUUGCAACCAUUCGGCUUUCGUUUUUUUCCGGUAUAGAUUUUAGUGGUUGCGGUAGUUUUCCAGGUGGCAGAGUAUUCUUUAAUCUCUUUGAUUUCCAAUAAGGAUUUCUUCCUUUUUUUUCAGGUACUUGAAUGUUGGAAAAGAUUCAUCUGUCGAGUCAGUGUCUGCACAGAGAUCAGAUGGUGCUAUCGGUAAGAAUUUUACGUAAAGUAUUAUACACCGCUUCUCAGCUACUGAAUAGAAAAAUAAAGCAUUGUCUUGUUAUGUUUAGGCUCUGGAGCUUUUAAGACAUUGAUGCAGAUCAAGACAGAACAACUUGGAAUGGGAGAAAAGGUAUUAACAGGACUAAAUAACUCUUAAUAAAUCCAUUUCACGUAGCCUGUAAUUCUCCUUCAUAUGUGACUACAUUGACGUUAGGGAGCCUUCGCAACAACGGCGGCGACAGUAAUGAGAACAGAAAAAGGAAUAAGGCAGCGGAGGAAUUUUAGAGCGGCUGAAAAAUUUGGCUGGACACUUUGUUCUCACCGGAUCGUUCAAAGUUUUUGUUCUGUUCACGCGAAACUUUUAAAAGCUAGGUUCUCAAUUUUCGCACUGUUAAGGUUGUUCGUGUGAACGGAACACCUCAGCUAAACACGAAUUUUCAACCUGUCGAAAACGUAGCCUUAUUGAGCAUAGGAACAGCACUGCAAGUGCAUCACUUUUCAUGGUCCGUUUCUUUGCCGUCACAACGACUACAACGUGAAAUUCCCUUGUGGGACGCCUCAUUGGGGACGUUAUCACAAGACGACGAAUUCAAUUUUUACUCUUCUAGACUUAAGUUCGGUUCCUCAAGAAUUCAGUUCCUGGGAAAUUUAGUGACGAUAGUCAUUUUAUGGGAGUUGUAUAAUAUAAUAAUCGCUGCUAAGUUAUAAAAUACGCGAAGACUUUUUAAUAUUAACGUUCUUGCUGCAGUUUGUUGCCGUCUCUCUCGUAGUUGCUAAAGAUCCCUGUUCUUAGCUUACAUCCCUUCCUCCUCGUUUGUAGCCGGAUUAUCUCUCUGCUAAAGCGACUGCUGUAUUUUACAAGAAAGACAAUUGCUUAUACAAGGUAAGAAAACAUUCUUGGAUAUGACUGAUACGUGAAUACCUAGCGGCGGUUCACGGAAUUAAAACCUAAUCAACCAACUUAUCUAGAUUUGAUGCGCUAAUACAUAUGUAGAAAUUGUGUACUGUAUAAAAAACGAGCAGUAGUGUAUUAUCAGGUUUAAAAACUCAGGCGAAGCGAUGAGACCUGAUGGUAAACGACCGCGAGUUUUUUGAUCGGCUUCAAAAUCUCUGAUAUAGAUUAACUCAUUCGAGCUCUAUUAUUUAGAUCUGGGGUUAUUUUGGUCUGAAAAAAAUUGCUUUAAGUUACUUUUAACUUCAAAACUUGCUUUGACUCGAUCUAUGUAAAGUUCCCAUCUCGAUAAAAUUUGUCAAUACCUCGGUAGUUUUAGAAUGUGAAGGGUUGUUAUUUGUUCCAGCAGAUCAUAUUGUCGAGGGACGUUUUUUCUAAUCUUUAGACACUGGUUUAACUUUUUUCUUCGCAUAACGGGGUGUUUCUUUGUGUUGCGGAAACCACUGUUGGUCAGCUAUUUUCUUUUGUUGCGGGUAUUGAAAUAAUGAAUGUAUGAAUUUCAUAUAUUUCAACUGCUGAAUAAGAAAUAAAUGGAGAGAAGAUCCUUGCAGUUAAAGUCGCAACUUAUGCAGUUGGGAAGAGAAAGCCUAAAGAAAAUCAUGCAGACUUGCCGGGACUUCCAAUACCGAUACCUCGACGAUACCGGUGCAGCGAUCUAACCAUUGUCUUUUCAAUCUUUUGUGUCGGUUGCAUCUGAGCGUGUACACGUGGGGAAAAGACAUGUUCUAAUUGGGUGCAAACGUGACAUGUUUUGGCACCAAACAUUCGAAGUUUGGAGUAGGCAGGUGUUGUCGACUUGAUUUGUUUUCGUUCAACAAAAUAUUCUUUGCAAGAAUUACGUUAAGAAUAAUUUCUGGAGGGAAGUGUGCUGUUUCUCUCUGCUUUUUCUCUGAGCGAGUAAUAUGCCUGAAAAUUGAGAAAAUUUAAAUAUGAGCCGAACGCGCGGUUAAACAAUUCUUUUACCUUUGGUGGGACAGUUUGUCUUAAUGGCUGUCGAACUUUUAAUGAUUGGCGGCAAAACACGACAUGUCUGGCACUCUUUUAGAACACGUUUUUUUGUCUCGUGUCCACGCUUAGAUGCAACCGACGGUAUUUUUGGUGAUAGCACCAUCCGCAUCAGCAAAAAGCUACAAUAAUUUGCGAUAUCUUUCGCCAUUUUCUCCAGCUUUGUCUGCCUUCUGCUGUCGGCAAACAUCUUCUAAUUUGGUCAACACGAGCUGGUUAUUUAACAAUUAUUCCUCGAGCCCGAAUGGGCUCUGAGUCAAUAGCCCAUUCAGCCUCCGGCCUCAUAGGCUAUUGACUCAGAUGCCAUGAGGGCGAGAGGAAUAAUUAUUUUAGUAAAAUCCAACUAGUUGGUCAAAAAUAUCGAGACAAAACAACUUUAGCUAGCAAACCCCGAUUCAGCUGCCAUUGUUUUGGUUUUCAAAGCCGGCGCUUUUCCCUACUAGUGGGCUAUAACAUAUAGCCUAGUAGUAGCUCAACCAAUCAGAACGCAGCAUUGAUAAUAGACCACUAGCUGGAUUUUACCAAUAAGAAUUAGCUGGGAGAUUCAAGCCGGUCAUAAGCGGAGAAAUCAGUGUUGAAUUAUGUUUGGCAGACUCUGAGGGCAUGUUUACAUGGAGGUGGGGGGGGGGGCAGAUAGGUGAAGCAACAUGUGGCGGGUCACCCCACUUAUCCUGUAAACGUGAUCAAAUUAAAAUGAGAGAUUAUAUGGACAGGCGGGUUACCUCACUUACCUUGGGUCCCCCACCUCCAUGUAAACAGGCCCUAAAUGAUUGGUAGUUACAUCUUACUCUGAAUGUCCGUUAUAUGAGACUAGCAACGAGAGGUUUUUGUUUUGUUUUCAGGCUUGUCCUACUGCAGAUUGUAACAAGAAACUUAUUGAAGAAGGAGACGGCAAUUACCGCUGUGAAAAGUGCAACCGAAGCUUCCCUAACUUCCAGUAUCGCCUGAUUUUAUCGGUGAGAGAUGGUCAUUCAUUCAUUAACUUUGCAACUUUUUAAUUUGUUAAGCGCAUUUACACAUGCGUUUUACCUCAUGAGUGUCCUUGACAAGUGUCUGCUUUGGUCGUGUGAAUAGCGAACACCUUUUCUGUGACAAUUCAAUCUGUGGAUAACACUAAAGGCGUGCAAAGUUUAUGCCCCUUCAGGAUCCGUUUCAGAGCUGCAAAUAAUUGUGUUUUCUUAAAAGGAGAUUUGUCCGGCCAAGUCGCCAUUUCGGUCAAACAUAAACAUGCUGAAUCGAGGACGCUCACUAUUCGUCUUCAAGGAAAUUGUUCUUGGAAGGUGCGCAGGUAGAGUGAGUACUAUCUCUCACUGCAACAGAAUUAUUUCGUUUGUGCGACGAUUCAUAUGUUGUCCGGCCACAGUUAAGAUUUCGUUUAACGUGGGCCAAUUUUUUCGUCUUAUGACUGACUGUAUAUUCGGCUCUGUUAUUAGUUCCAAGGACUUACGGUAACUAUCGUCUUUACGUCUCAUACGACGUAAACGAUCACCUUGUGUGCUCGAUACACUUUUGCACGGCCUGAAUGUUUUUUGGGCUAUCUUUCUUUUUACUUGACUAGGCCUCCGAAUGUAUCGGACAGGGGCUGGAAAGGUAUUUUAGGGAUCCAAGAUUUGACCAGAAUGCGGUUUGGGAGUCUGGAAAACGAAAAAUAUUCUGAGGGGAAACUGGAUUUUGCUGCUUCCCGGGAAGCGGAAUUCACCAAAAUUUGGGCGCGGGAUGCGGUAUUUUUUCCCGUCUCUCUGAAAUUCGGGAAGACAUACUUUCUAACGGCAAAUACAAAGUCAAACACUCGAGCGUUCAGGGGUGUCUCCUAUAAAAGCGAACCUUAGAGUGACGUAGGUAAUGAUUAUUUAAUUGAAACUGGCAACUAAUCAACAGAAGAGCAGACAGAAAACCUACUGUUUCAACCGGCAGAUGCCAGGAAAGUGCACAUGAUUUUAAGUGACUUAGUGCUCAAACUCUUUAUUUAUUGUAUAUCUUGAACAAGUGAUUUGAUCAGUUAAACUUAAGAUAUGACAAACAGAACAGUGAUCCCAGCUCUGCUUCCGUGAACAAGACAGAGAGUUUUCUUGUCUUUAUUUCUUGUGCCUACAGACGAGUCUACAGCUUGUUUCAGGCGUUUCGAUAGUGGGGGCAGAGAGAGAGAGAGAGCGCAGGAAAGAGAUAGGGCCCGGGGGAAGGGGAUACUUGGGCUAAUUUUUGCUGGGUAUGUGCUUCUGGCCUCUCAGAACGCUGCAGACUCAACUUUUUAUUAGCGUCUCUAGCCAUCAGAAAUUCAUUGUAGCUUGAUUAUUCGAUCAUUGGUACUUUCAUAAGGGACAUAUGUGGCCAUUUAUGCAAGGAAAAAUAAGACGCUACUUACAGAAAAUGCAUCCUAAAUCAAACGCAAACUUCCUAUAUAGGUGUUAGAGAAAAUAUCUUCGCGUCUUUUCCGGUACGAGUGCUUGCGGCGUCUUAUAUUUAUUCACCCUAUUCCCCCGUAUAAAUGGCCUUAUGUAACUUUAAUGUGGUUUUGUUCUUUGAUCUCCCUGCCUUCUCUUUUAACAUCUAAUCCGCGGUUGACUUCAUUAAAUUCAAAGGGAACCAACUCAACAUUUAACUUCUGGAUAUCAUUGUUUCGUGGCGAGGUUACGGAAAAAAGGAAAUUCCCAAGUACAGGGAAGAACACAGCGAUGUUCGUGUUGAAAAUUGAAACGAGAGUUAGUACUAUUUUCUACCGAAGCGAAACGUAAAGAAAAAAUCUGAUAAAGAAGUCUUGCUUCAUCUAAAUCUCUCCCAGCUCCACAAGCUUAUUUGUGACAACUCUACGAUUGUAGGAAAAAUAUUUCAAGGUUAAAACUGAAAUUAGAACAUAUUGCAUUGCACAAGACAGAGGGCACUGUGAAGCAAAGGAAGGUCGUGCGAAUAAGGAGAGCCUAGUACUCGUUACUUUUUCAAUCCUGAGUAACGAAAACACGCUACAACACUUGGUACACAGAUGCUACAAAAGCCAAAAGUGCAGUCGCCCCAAUUACAAAGAAAGAUAAAAAACAAGACUCUUUUAUAGACUGGUGAGCAGAAUUGAUUGCACAGUUCUUCUGUAAAAAAAACUUCACUUGCCCGUCGGGCAAGUUAAGAACAGAAUUCACUAGCCCGAUAACAAAAUCAACUAGCCCCGGGCUAUCGGGCACUACUCUCUUUGCACGCUGUGCUUAGAUAACUGCGCACCUAUCUCGCUGCACAACACGGACUAUAAAAUGACACUAAGGGUGGAUUUCCACUGUCACGUAAUUUUCACGCGCGUGCCGGAAUAAAAUAGAGGUAACGUAUGAAAUGCCGCGCUUAUACGUUAAAGUUGAAACGUUAACGCGCAUACACAUGUUAAAAUUACCCGACAGAGGAAAUCCACCUUAAGCCUAUCGCCGAUGGAUUCACUAAAAUGCUAUCCAGGGUCAUCCAUUCGUUAGUGUUCCUUCACCCACGGAAGUGAUCCUUCCGUACGCUCAAUCUUUGGCUAAACAUGACUCGUUCACUGUAGCACAAGAAAGCGAACCAUACCUUUUUAGAAUCCUUGAGCCUAAACUUUCUUACCGUUUUAAGGCGAUUCAGUUGUUACUGAUAAUAUCUGAGUUAGUGUUUGGACAGUAAUUUGUGUGUACGCAUUCUAUUUCCGUCCGUACCUACAUACCCUUCUAAUCCUUUUUGCCUUUUUUCCUCUCUCUUUUUUAUAUCGCAUUGGGUUAUUGUGUUACAACUAUCGUUAUUUAAUUUGUCAUCAGUCUAUUUCAUUUUAAGUCGCGAAAACCGGUUUCUGUUUAUUUGUUUAUCAGGCAAACCUGGCAGAUUUUACUGGUAACCAGUGGGUCACGUGUUUUCAAGAAUCAGCCGAGGCCAUAUUGAAAAGGACUGCAGCUGAAAUUGGUGAACUCAAGGACUCGGUAAGACUUUCCACAACAAGUACUCUACAGGAGUCUUUUUAUUACCGUCCUGUCCGUGACCGUCUUUGCGAACAAGUACAAGUGUCCAGGGAUUGCUUCUUACCUCUCUCCGUAAAUUUUCCCACGGGUAGAUUGGGUACUACGCUGUGUUUACCAUUAGUCGGAACUGGCCGGCAAGACUGGUCCAGUUGGAAAGAGAAUUUCACUAUUAAUCAGUACUGCCCAGCAAGGUCAGUCUAUUUUCAAAUGAGAUGCGUGGAGUGAUAGGUUUCUUCCGACAACUCUUGAAAAAAGACAUUAAUUUUCACAAUGAUCGCCGUGACUGACCAGCUCGCAAUUUUGGUAAGCACCCUAUGAUUCAGUCUUUCUCCAAGUGUUAUUUGGUGAAGGGCUGAGUAUCCACCAUUGGUGUUGUUUUCAGUGUUAGGGCAGGGAAGUGGCUAAUGUUGAUUUUGAAUGUUGGCAAAGUUAGCUCUUUGUCCUGAUCUUUUUUCUUUAGAAUCUUCCUUAAGUCCUCCAACAUCGGCUUUAUCCUUUUAUAUCGAUGUGCCUUAAGUGUUGUUCAGUCAUAACGGGUUUCUGUUUUGUCAGCUUAAAACAAAAAGGGAAUAUUUGAAGUAUGUGAUAUCAUCCGUUGGUAUACUCACACCUUGGAGACGAAUGUCCAAUACAUCAGAGAGUUUAAGCUUCACGUAUACGGCAAACGGCAAUCGUCAGAAUCAAGUUCAGAAUUUCUCAAAAUAGAAAAUGAGCAGAUAAAACAGCUCUAAACUACUAAUUUAUGUGUAGAAAUAAUGAACAGUAAACGGGAGACUUGGUCACGUGGUACAAAUUCGCGUUUGCCCUUAACCUCUCAAUUGUGGAACCAAAAACACUAACUUGCGUGUCCCAUGAAGCCUUGCGUACUCAGUACUUUUACCUGUAAAGACGUUGAUAAUUCAAAUUGUUAGUGAUAUCGACGAAAAUCGGAUCAAAUAGGGAGUAGGGUUUAGUUCGUUUGAUCGGCUUGGAAAUGCGCAAAGCCUUCUCUACUGUUUUCUUUAACUGUCAUCAAAGGUCACUCAUUGACUAGCAAGGUUAAUGUGCGAAAACUUCUUUUUUUUUUGGUAGGGUGACGACCGGAACUUUGACGCAGUCUUUUCAGAAGCAAGCUUUAAGACCUUUAACUUUAGGAUCAGAGCUAAGAUGGAAACCUACAACGUAAGUUCUUCCUAAUUCAAGUCAUGAUAAUCUAACUUUGUCAGUCUUGCCCCUUUUGAAAAACCACUCCUUCUCCUCGACCAUGAUUUACUGCCUGCCCGUAAUGUGUUAAUGGUGAGAGCGUCAGAAAAGUUUGUCCACGUCGGGUUUGGACGGAUUUCUUUCGGGGACCAAUUGUAUCUCACAAGAAACAAAUUUCACUAAACACCACGCCCUGGCAGGGCUUGAAAUAAAUCAGUAGCCAGGACCUGCAGCCGGUCACGUUGUCCGGUAAAACUUAUGUUUGCUCGGACAAGACCAUAGUGUUUGAAAAGCAAAGGGCGUAGAGGAGUAAUAUGUGACCUCGAUUGCAGUUAAAAUUUACAGUUGAGAUGGCGAAUCGCCUUUGUUAACCAAUCAUUACUGUAGAAUGGAAUCUGAACUUGACUGGUCAAACCGCGUGUACAUUAAACAAAGGUGAUUCAAGGUCAUCAAUAACUAAGACGGCGACGCAAUUGUCCUCUUCGUAAACGGUCGCUGCCAUUUCUGAGACACUUAGAAACUUUUGGACCUGUGUUUGAGAAUGUUUCUAUUAAAAAGAAAGAAAAACCCAACCCAGAGCUCGAACGCGGACAUUUCGUAAUCCAAUCGGAAACAUUUAAGUACAUACACAAGCAAACUGUCUCUUGACUGUUACAUCAAUAACAGGUUAUCCUAGCCCUUUUCAUAACUUUUCAACGUCGUUCUUUCUAAGACUAUUCAAAAACAUAUUGUUUGCCUCAUUGUAAUGUAAUCGUGGGAAUAUGCUACAUCUAUCGUGACUAAAGUCUUGGUUACCAAUCGUGGCAUCGACCGUUAAAAAUGGCAAAGAUCGUUUACCAAAGAGAAAGAGGCGACGGCGACGGCUACAAAAACGUCACUUUAAAAGCAAAUUCGUGCUGCUUCGAACAUUACUGACUGCGAAAGGGUAGAAGCGACAGCACCUCAAAUUGGAAUUGCAAUCGUGAAGUUGUCGUCUGUUUUCGACAAUUCAAUUAUUGUGAUUCCUACUUUACCGCUUUUAAAAUUUUCGCGUAAUAUUUUGCUUGGUCUUUAAACAUGCUUUUGAUGUAAAUGUAAUCACAUACUAACUGCCUUUUUAUUUCUUAUUUACUUUUGUCCAGGAUGAAACUCGCCUGAAAUGUUCUGUUGUGAACGCAGCUCCACUGGACUUCAAACAGGAAAGCAAACGACUUAUUGAUGAGAUUAAGAAGCUUUCCGCUCUUUAAGAAAAAUG